CGAGGCUCGAAGUGGAACUGCCAGACCAGAGGUUGGCGCGCAGGGUCCCGUGUUCCGUGGGGCGGCCGAGGGCGCGACCGGGCGCGAUGGCGGGCGAGACGGAGGCGCCGCUGCCGUUCUAUGCCAGCCGUGCUGCGGCACAGGACCCGGAAGACGACAUGGCGCUUCCCGAAACUGGAAUUCCCUCAAAUUUCUGCUUGCGGAAGAUCGAGGAUUACCACCUGCUGGAUUUCAAGGAGCGUCUCAACACCAGUUCCUACGUCAACGUGGUCUUUGAGCCCGACGAGGAGAAGGUGGCCCUGAUGGGCUUGAAGGUCAACCUGGCGGACCAGACUGUCUACCCAGAGUCCUUCAAGAUGCACAACGAUGUGGUCAACAUGAUCGCCAAACUGUGGAAUUGCCCCAAGCCCGCAGACUUUGACAAGUACGGCUGCUACGCAGGUGCCGGCACAGUCGGCUCCACCGAGGCAUGCUUGCUCUCAGGGUUGACUCUGAAGUUCCGUUGGCGCGCGUGGUACGCUAAGAAGCAUGGCUUGAACGCAGACGAGGUGCGCGGCGUGUAUCCAAAUAUCGUGAUCACGACCAUGUUCCAGGCUGCAUGGGAGAAGCUCUUCAAGUACAUGGACAUUCAGCCGCGCUUUGUCAAGCCGAGCUGGAAGAGUUUUACAUUGGAUCCCGCCGCCCUCAAGGAUGCCAUCGACGAGAAGACCAUUGGCGUCGUUUGCAUCAUGGGCAACCACUACGGGGGGCAGUAUGACCCAGUCUGGCAGGUCAACGAUGCGGUCGAGACGCUGAAUUCCGAGAGGGGGCUGCAGGUCGGCAUCCAUGUCGAUGCGGCUUCUGGCGGCUUCAUCGCACCGUUCCAGGAAGGGCUUCCGCCCUGGGAUUUUCGCCUGAAGAACGUUCUGUCUAUCUCGGCCAGCGGCCACAAGUUCGGCAACUCCUGCUGUGGAACUGGCUGGGUGGUGUGGCGGCAGCGCGAAGGCCUCUCCGACGCAGUGGCGAUCAAUGUGUCGUAUUUGGGCGGUAGCGCGGAUUCCUACACGCUCAACUUCUCCCGCCCGGCCCAGGGCGUGUACGUACAAUUCUACAAGCUGUUGCGACUAGGCCGAGCUGGCUACCAGAGCCAGGUCGACAACCAGCUUGCUGUCGCGAAAUAUAUUCGAGAUUGCCUUCAAGCCAUGGUGCGCAAUGGGAAGAGUCUUUUCACCAUCAUGGACGCUGUUGGGCAGAGCACCCAGAAGCAUUGCUUGCCUGUGGUGACAGCCAUGUUCAAUCCCGAGCUCGGUCUUGGCUACGACGAGAUCGAUCUCCAGCACGUCGUCUCGCAGGGGCAUUGGUACGUCAGUGGCUACAGAAUGUCCAUGCACCACCCUCUCACAGAGGAGGUCAUGCCAAUCUUCCAGGACAAACCUGUCGAGGCAGCCAUGUUCCGGGUGGUCGUGAAGAACAAUCUGACGAAGAGCAUGGCCAAAAAUUUGGUGAAGGAGAUUCAGGCCGCGAUCGAGUUCCUUGACAGCCACCCUACGGGCGAUGGCGUCAAGCAUAAGAAGGCUAAAAGUAUGAAGCCUUCCAAGGACGCCUGCUGAGAGAUGGCCCUGGCGAUGCAGAGCUCGCCCGACAUGGGUCUCGGCGCUGACGGGCGAUCUUCCCCCCGAAACAGAGUGGGGAUCAUGGUCAGUCGCCGUCUGGCAAGGGGCCCUCGCCAGAACCUCCUCCCUCCCCAUGUUCUCGCCCGUCGUUCACGUCCAUGCAGUUUUGUCAUGCUCUAGAACUUUUUGUUUGAUACAUUGCUGGAUGUGUUCGAAGUGCGCAGCCCACCAUCGGUUUACUAGCAUGGCUCCCUCGUGUGGCAGGACGGGAAUGUGCCCGCUUCUACAGGAGCCGCUUCGGUUUCGCGAGGGCCGUAGAAAACAGCUCGGCGCCACUCUUUUCUUGUGCGCUGGCCUUUUCGCCGUCCGUCGUUCGCUGUGUAUGCAUUGCCUCCUUCGCCAUCCUCCUCAGUUUGUGCUGUCUUCCCCGUCCGUUCC